GUUGUUUAUUUCUUCAUAAAUAAAAUUUGAAAUCAGCUUGAUUAUAAGAAUUUCCUUAUUCAUAACAGUGAGCACGAUAGUUGGCUGUUUAUAUUAGCUAGUUAUUUAAGUGCAGUAUUUAAGCCCGAAGAUUGCUGUAUAAACUCCUGUGAUAAAUUUCUAGUUCAUGAUUGUUAUUGCUUGCAGAUCAUUAACAGUAGGUGAUGUGAUGAACAAUAUUGAUUCUAAGGACAAAGGAAAUCGUGCAGAUUUCGAGAAAGGUUUGUACAAAAGUUCCACUGAAACCCGCCAUUCUCUGUCCAUUCAAACGAUUGAUCGACCUGAUUUUCAUCUGGCAGUGUCAGGCAAGACAUGGUCCGUUAUUCAGGAGCACUAUCCUUGGCUGAUACCCAAACUGGUUGUGAAAGGUAUGGUGUUUGCUCGCUUUUCUCCAGAACAAAAAGCACAAGUGGUUGAAGCUCUUCAGUCAGUUGGUUACUUUGUUUCUAUGUGUGGAGAUGGUGCAAAUGAUUGUGGAGCUUUAAAAGUAGCUCAUGCUGGGAUUUCCUUAAGUGAAGCAGAAGCAAGUAUUGCUAGUCCUUUUACAUCAAAGAAACAAAAUAUAAGCUGUGUACCUAUGCUUAUAAGAGAGGGUCGUUGUGCUCUUGUAACAAGCUUUGGAAUGUUCAAAUUUAUGGCUGGUUACUCCCUCAUUCAAUCGUUUCCCAUAAUGUUACUUUUUGUGGUAAGUUCAUUUACAGAUAAAAUAUUAUAUUUCAACCCCUACUUUGUACUCUAGUCCAUAAAACUGUUUCACAGUUUAGAUUAUCCUUAGAUAAUCCAAAAUAGACCGGAGUACAACUUUUAUUUUCAUUGCUUUCUGAUAAUGUUCCGUUUUUGCUUCAGGUCGGUAGCAAUUUUUCUCAGUGACAAUACUUACAUUGUGAUUUCGUCAUAAUUACAACGUUAGGUUUAACAUGUGAGUUGUUAUUUAUUAAACUUAGUGUACCGUAGAAGUUCUUUAUCAUUUUACCUAGCUUCUUAAGACAUUCUUAGUAGGCUUAAGUAUUUUGUAUCCAUUAUUCUGAAGUGAUAAUUAUGUUAAGUUCUCGUUGACUCAAGUGAUUAAAUUGAUUAUAAACCGAUCAUUCAAUGAAAAGAUCUCACCAUCUUAAUAAAGAAAUGACUUUUGUAUUUACCCGUGGCCUAUAUCAGCAUUAUGGAACUAGGUCGUCAAAAUUCACAAUUCGAGUUCAAAUAUGAACACUUAUAAAUGGGAUACUUGAUUUUAAAAAGUUUCUAAAAUGAUUGAUGUGACUGCACUCAUCAAUUAUAUCAAUUCAAAAAAUCCUAGAAUACAAAACAUCCUUACAUCUAACUUAACAUAGUAAAAUACUAAAUAAAUUCAUAUUCAAAAUAUUCAAGAUAGUAUGUCUUCAGAGGAAAAUCAAGAGAUUUCAUUUCUGUUCACGAUAUCGUUUGUCAUUUUCGGAAACUAUAAUGUAUGCGUUCUAGUUAAUGUUAUCCUGUGAACCCUUUCAAUUUACUUUCUCAUGUUAUGGGAAACACUCUAAAACGACUUUAAACAUGCAAAUAAACACUCAGCUGAUGCGAAACGUUAAAGCGGUAUUGAGAAGUGAAGUAAACAUACCAAUCUUAUCAAAAUUUAUGAGGUCGAUUUAAAUCCGGAAGUACAGUUGAUGAGUUGUUUAAUCAUUGUUAUGGACUUUUUCAGCCUAAAGAUUUGUUUUAUUCUCUAUUACUGGAGUUUGAUUCAGCUCCAGUCAGCAUGUACACUUUGUGUUUUCAAAUUAAAAGUAUGUUUUUAAUAAAUAUUUAUAAAAAUUAAGUGAUUUGGAGCGAAAUACAAAGUUUACAUCAAGAAUACCUGAAAGGUAUCGUCAUUUUAAUCUUUCAGAAUAGCCUUAUAUUUUGUUGUUAGUAAUAUCAAUAGAUUCCUAAGCAAACUUUUAUAUUCACAAUAUUCUUUACUUUAGUUUGUAAUAUUUUUUUGUACAUAUGCGCAUACACUUUAUGUUGUGGUGUGAGGAACCUAACUUUUAUGCUGAUGAAAGAUAAUUUCAUGAAUUUUGUUGCUGUUCCAACUUAUUAGUUUGUAAAUAAUCACGACGUCAUUGAGAAUGACCUCAGUGUAAAAUAAUACAAAAAUGUUACAGCAUACACUGAACACUAAUAUCACAUAUGUCGAAAGUAAAGUUUGUGAAGUUUUUAGAAGAACAUCUACAUUCGUUAUAGCUGUUAGACAGUACAUCCAUUUUAAAAAAGUUCGGAUAUUGUCCCAAUGUAAUUUGUAAUAAUGAGGCUUAUCAUUCAUUUAAAUUACCGUUUCAAUCCUCUCCAUAAUUAGUCGAUGACCUAAAUGGUGGUAAAUUUCUUCUAGAUGUUAAUGGCUUUAUCAUAGGUUUAUCGACUUUGCAUAAAACUAUUAUUAAACGUUUCAGGCACCAUUCCUUUGUGCUUUAGUUGUUCAACCUAAUUUGGUUUUAACAAUAUUAGUUUUAGUGAUGUUUACAAAAAAUCACAUAACAGACUGUUUUCUUAAUGUUUUCUAAUUCCUGGUUGGAUAAGAAAAACAAAGCUUUUUGGAUGAACCCCCUCAAUCAUUUUGUCAAAUAAAUAUAUCUGAUUGCGAUAAUUUAAUUCUUUUCAAUUGAUUGACACAUUCAAAUAAUGCAAAAAUUUCGAAUGAUUUUCAAACUGAUCAUGUUUGUUGUGUUGAGUAAAGUACAGAAUAUGUGAUCACAAACGAAUAUAUUGACGAAGGAGCGAUUUUUUGUACAGUUCAAUCAAUAAUUGACAAUAAAUCAACCGAUGUUCUACAAUCACUUAUUUAUUUUUCACAUGCGUCUCAAGUUGUCGUUAGCAAAACAUUUGUUGUUCCAGUAUUCAGUCGUGCUUCAUUUUGACUGCAAUUGGUAAUUUUGAAUACGAAAUUUUCACUUUUACGUUCUAAGGAAUUCUUACUGCACUAAGUUUGGAAAGCAUACUCUCACACGAUGACCUUGAUGUUGUUCGUCCUAAAGUAAAAGAUCCUGACAGCAAAACGAUUGUUAAUAACCAAUGUGUUCGCUAUCAAUACCAUCGUUUUCUAUGUUUACAUAUGUACUGUGUAUAUAACGUCAAAUAACAAUCCUAAAUUCCCAUGCUCUAAACGAUGUACUUUACCCUUAACUUGGCCACUUUUCGGAUUAAUAAUUUGGAUAUAUAAUUGUAGAACCUGAAGAGAAUUUAUCGAAAAGAAUAUUCUUCGUUCAAAUAUUAGUCUUUUAAUAUGACAGGGAUCUUUAAACCAUUUUGUGUUUGCCUAUAUAAGUUGUUUAGGGUUUGCCUUGUUAUGCAAUUCGAUAAUUUUUUAAAGUAAAUCCUAUCUUGUUCUGCUGUUUUUUCCGUGUGUUUGCCAUAUUGCAUGUCAUCACUACUGCUGUUUUUUCUCUCAUUUUUUUGAAUAUGUAUAUCAAACCUGUACCUUGGCAUUCACAGUUUUUGUUCUGCUAAUACUAACUAAAGUUUCCUUGUUUUCUCUUUUUUCAAUAUUCUCUGUACUGCCUGCAUGGAACUAUUCAUUACUCCAAUUUUCGAUAGGGUUCAGCAAUAAUUGACGUGUUGAAGUUAUUGUCUUUUUAAUUUUUCCAUUUACUCUGCAUAGUGUUUUCCUCUUCGUCUAGUAGGUCUUGUAAACUUUGAAGCUUAUUACUAAGAUCCAUCUUGGACUGAUUCAGCUUGCUGUCAUGGUAAAGAGAGAUUGCAUUAAACCUUUAUUGUACUGCUUCUUCAACUGUCCAACGCUUCUUAGCCUCAGAUUUGUCCGACUACCCCCAGGUUCCAUCUCAAACUACAUCAGAUCCUGUCUUUGUUUGUACGCCUUCCAUGGAUCUUUUUAAUGUUUUAUUGAUACAGUUGGAUAUACACAUGCUUAUCCAUAUCUUUCUGCUGAACCGCCUACAAUGAGACUUUUGAGCAUGGUAACAAUGAUUUCAUUAUUUGGUCAAGUGAUAAUUGGUUUUAUUAUUCAGGCAACUGCAUUCAUAUUGAUUCGCUUUCAAUCUUGGUAUGCGAUUUCGUUGAAUUUUAUUUCUGACUGCACGUUGUUAGCGAAUUUCAUUCGUCACUGUUCUUUUGUUAGUUGCUUGCAUUUUCAUAUUUUUACAUAAGUUGUAGAAGAAAAUGUAAAUGCCAGUUAACUGUAAAUGUAUGUAAUACCAGUCCAAUACCUUGCUCAUGAAUAUUCAUAUUACGAGAAACAUUUUGUACAUUCAUUUUUAUCCCAGCUAUAUUGAAGAACUAAAUAGAAAUUCAAGUUGACUUUUACACAUUUUGAUGUAUUUGCAAACAGAUAUUGAAUCCAUGUAAGAUGGUUGCAUGCAGUAGAUAAGAUACUUCAGAUCUAGGUUUGGUGUCGCUUUGUACUUGUUAGUAAAAUUCUUAAACCAUGAAAAGCACUCUUUUUGUGAACAUGAUUGCAUGACUAGGCAACAAAAUUAAAGUUAAUUGGAAACUUGGAACUUAGCUUACAAACUGAACGGAAGCAGAGUUUAACGUUUGAUUGAAGUUGUUUUAUGCAUGCAUUUUGCCUUUAUGCGAUAUGCUUUUUCCUAAAAUUUAUGGUGUGAUGUGUAAACCAAGUAAGAAAAAUGUUUUUCAAUUGUUUUGAAUGUAGUGAAUUAUUGGUCGAUUUAUUUUUCACAGACGUAAACCUUCGAUCAUUUACUCUUAAAUUUUUGUUCGAUCUGUUUGUAACAUUGAGGAAAUUUACCAUUCUUUGAUCAUUCUUUUAAUAGGUAUAUGCCGUUAUAUUCGUACUCUAAUACAGCUGAGUAUAAAAACUACGAAAAUGCGGCUGUAUUUAUAGUCUCCACUUAUCAAUAUAUAAUUUUGGCCAUCGCCUUUUCAAAAGGAGCACCAUAUCGUAAAUCAAUUUUAACUAAUUAUGCAUUUGUGCUGAAUAUUUUGGUGUGUUUUGCGUUAAGUCUUUACUUGACAACUUAUCCUGCUAAUUGGAUAGUUGAACUUUUACAAGUAAGUUUACGGAAGACUAGCGUUUCACCUGAAGUAGUAUACAAGUAACUUGGUUUCAAUACCGGCUAUAAUUUUUAUUUGGGUCAGUCAUAAUCAGCAUAAAGCCUGGGACAAUAAAACUUAACGAAGAUAGACACAGAAUGCAUAUUCUCACUCUCGCUCACUUGAUAGCCAGAAUAGAUCACAACGCAGCAAACAGAUAACGUCGAAUCAUAUAAUAUAUAGUUGCUUCCUGACCACAUAUCAACACUACUAAGAAAUUAAAAUAUAAUCUCAAUGAUUGGUCCUUAAUCAAGUAACAGUAGUUUAACAAACGCACAACACAUUGUUUUAUACAUCACGUCAAAGCUUGUAAUUCGGCGAAUACCAAAAUACAACAGUUUAUGUAUUUAAUAAUCAUGCGACCGAAAUGUAAACAGAAACCUCAGAUAGGAUCAGUCCGAAAGUUCAGCUUUUCUUGAUGUUUAUUCCGUUAUAACGAUAAUGUAGUAUCAAUGGUAACGCGUAGAACUAAAUAUUGAGAACUUGGUUUGUAAAGACUGAGUGGGAAUCUAUAUUUGGGAGAAUACUGAGAUUCAGAACCUAGAGAAUUUGAAGUGAUUGGAUCCUUUCCAUUGUAACUAACUCUGAACCAUUUUAUCCAACGUUUCUUACCAUUACUGCAAACAAUGCUCAUAUCGACAGUCAAUAAUUUCUUUUUCUGACACCCUGUCUAGGUUUGGCAGCCUUUAGCUUUCUUCUGGUUCACUCCUACUUCAGAUAACAUUGGAGUUCGAGGUAGUUGAUAGCUGUUCAUACGAAAUAUGCAUACCAGCCACCUCAUUCGAUGAAGAUCUACAAUUUUAUCGACCUAUUGGUAUCUUUGUCUUAUACUCUAUGCCUAACCUUUUUAUUGCUCACUCGAUCGUCCCAUUAAAGUGCGACACUGAAACGAAGAUAACCAAAAUCAAGUCUGUAGCCUAUGCAUGUCUUCUACUUUUAUAGGCUAUGUAUCACAGCCAUAGAGCAAUUCAGAAAAGACUGCCACUCCGUAAACUGGCCCUAUGGUUAGCAGAAGUAAAGAAACACAAUUAAAUUCGGCAUUUUUCUUUCCAUACCGUGGUGAUUUAUCUACAUUUAACCGAUACAUUGAUUAUUAGUUCUCAAACUAGUUUAAUUUUAUUCAGUUUGCUGUUCAUAGGUUGCAAAUUAAAACCGAGUGAUUAUAUGGGUUAAUAUUUUAAGACACCAUGCCAGUCAAUCCGAUUCCUCUUAAUUUUGCACAAAAUAAUUUCAGUCCCUUCUUAUCUGAGAUCAAAACCGGUUACAUGGGAUUACAUCCAACUCCAAGUCGCUGGCUAGUACUUAAGUGCUAAAACUAAACAACCAUGCUUAUGAAAUUCUGGAGUUCACUUAUCAGUUUCUUCUGGUCUCUCCUACUCCAAGUUAGGAAUGGUUUUUUAAAUCCCACUAAGAUCUGGGGGACUUCUGCUUAUUCUCAUUUACGUUGUUUAUGAAAAGUGUGUAACUGAAGAAUAGCUGGAGGCUAUUUGAACUGUUCCUAACAAUCUUUUGCUAAUCCUUCAGAUCUUCUCAGUUUUGUCUUUUUCUAAAUAUUAUGACAAAUAACUAGCUUUUCGUACCCAUUCCCUUGUUGACUCGGGUCAGUUUCCUAUAAGUUCUCAACUUCUCUGCUUUUCUCUUCUAUUUUUUUCUUUGCCCACCACUGCUCAUAAUCACAAACAAUAUUCCUUUUGAUGACCUAGAAGUAUGUUCACAAAUCCCACAAGACAGAGUGAUGAAGCAGAUCCCACUUUUCAUGGGCAGAUAUUGAUGUGUAUGUUCCAUAAAUUCCAGAUAUUACUGACAGUGAUGGAAAUCCGUAGUGUUAGGUAGGGGCAUAGGCUUAUGAAUCAUCACUUGCGCAUUACCAUUUGCUUUGAAUUCUAAUACUGUUUCUUAAUCAUUGACGAGCACCAUUUUUAAAUAAAUUUUUGUUUUUUGUAGGUAAAUUUCAUAUUGUUGUAAUUUAUGAAUAAAUGAUUAUUUUCUCAUACAAAUGUUGAUAUUCAUGCACAACUGGUACUCAGUCACCAAUAAAAUUCAUCUUUUAUUGUAAAUGGAAGAAUGCUUUGUGCUCAAAAUAUGCUAAGUUUUACUGUUCAUAUUUAAUUUCGAUAAAGAAUAUCACUCUGAAAUCUCAAACAUUGUUUGAGUGAGCUUUGCCUUUCGGUCAUUACUAAAUUGUAUUUAGCAGUAAAAAAUAAAACAAUCUCUUUUCCUCUUGCUAAACUGUUAUGUUUUAAGUGUUGGUAUAUUUGAUGGAUAGUCACUGUUCCAGCUGGUAUUUGUACUCAACAAUCAUAGCUCUGAGCACUCGAUCAUUAAUCUCUAGGAUGAUGAGUUACAGUAAUUACGUCAUGUUCAGCAUACAUUAUUAUUCAUUCUGUUUCUUAAAUCCAUACUAUUCAGCAUGUGUUAACACAUACGUCAUAUGACUACGAUUUCCUAUGUUGUAUACAUUUUUGAUCCUUCCAACCAAUUCUUUCUACCUAAAAAAAGGAAUUGUUAUACCAGUCUCCAUUUUAAAAUAUCGCGUUUAGUUCUCGAAAAAUUUUGUUAUCUACAGUUCUGCUUCCUUAUUGAAAUGUUUGUUAAAUAUUACCGAUUCGAAAAAGGUCAUUACCGUUAAUGGUAUACUUUGUGAAUUCUCAAAUCGUGUCUAAACCUGGUAUCUUCUAUAUUUUCGUUUUGCUAAUAAUCUUACAAUUCAUUAUUGACAAUGAAAGUAUAAUUUCGUAAUAAUUAAUUCAUAGAGAAUGUGAUCUAGCACAAUCAUCACUAGUUGAUGUAACGUCUUUUUGACAAAAUUACCUCAUUUAAGUUACUUAAACACCUUAGUUUAAAGGACUUUAUUGUUUGUUUGUUUUUUGUUUUAAAUAUAUAUUAAGACGUUUAUGUUACUUAUAAAAUGAUUUACUACAUUUCUUCAAAAUGAAAACUGUUGUUGUGGUUACAUUGAAUUGACAUAAUGAGUGAAAGUUGCAUAAAUUUAUGUAUUUAAUCACUAGAUAGCGAACAAAAUGUUGGUGAAUUCUGUUUGUGAAAAUUUUUAUCUUGAACCAGUGAAUAUUUAAAUUGUCAUGAAGAAUUCCCUUUUACGUGGCUUCAUCUGUUUUUCAGAAGAAAGUAUUUUUAUGCCGAUAAAACUCACCCAAUACCUUUGUUCGUGUUCGAAAAUAGUAAUGUUAGCUGCUUAAAGUAACCCUUUGAAAUGAUUCUAAAGCAGUUAAACAUGUAAUUUUGUUUUACCAACAAAGAAGUUUGAAUGUUAAUUAAAGUUCCACUUUGUAACGUGCAUAAGCCUUUGUCAAUUUAAUUAUAUAUAUAUACAUUUCUUUAUGAGUGAAUUCCUGAAACGUAAUAGAUAGGCAUUCUGAUUAUUUAUCACGUUGUACAAAAACUUUCUUCUUCGCGUGACCAAAGGUUCAAACUUCACUGUAACAACAUGACAGUAAGACGUCAUCAUUAAUACGUAAUUUUUAUUCGAUUUUCGACCGAACAGGCUUUUUCCAAACCAUGUGUAAUAAACCGUUUUGUGAUCCACUAGUGUAUUUCUGAUAUAAUGGAAUGCUGUUCAAGUGUUAUCAUAGUUGUAUAACCAUUUGUUAUUCAAAUCAAUGGUAAUGAAAUGUGUUUUCUAGUGAGUUUCGUUAAUAAAUCAGUUUUGAAGAGUUUAGUUUGUCCUCUUUUCAUUCAAUUCAGAUUUUGUUAUAGGGCAAUCGACAUUAUACUGAUAGCCACAUAGUCAAUGGUAUUUCUGUAUUUAUUCUAUUCUCUGAAAUGAUUUAUUAUUUGCAAAGUUAGAUUAGAACUAUUAAACAAGAAGACUAAGAUAUUCAGUCACUAUGUUUUCAGUUACAAUGAAAAUCGUUUAUAAAAUAUGAGGAUAUUUUCAGAGUCGCAUAUAUUGAAAUUGUUUUUAUCGAUUAUAGUUAGUCCGAAUUCCUUCUAUUUGGUUCAUACUCAUUUUACACUCCAUGGUUUUGGCGAAUUUUAUGGCUAGUUAUAUUGUUGAAUCAAUUGUUGAUGGAGUCUCUUUUCGACGUCGUAUACGUCGCAUUCGUCGAGCGCUAUUUCCAAGACGUAUGGAACGCAAAGCUUAUGAACGAAUUCGAGAAGAAAUUGACAGGUCAGCCGGUGUUUGGCCUCCCCUAUUAAGAUAUGCCAGUCUACAAGCAUUACCACGGCGUUUGUUUGGAGAUGAUGAAGUAGAUUUGCCUGAUUGUCCUGGAGGUGGACGGCUCUCUUCUGCAGUAUCGAAUGACACAGAUGUAGAUGUUGCUUCUAUUCAAAGUGAAAUAACUGACAGACGACAGCUUCCCUUUAGCAGCACAGACGGUGAUAUCGGUCUGCAUAAAGUUGUCAGUAAACCCUCUUCUAAUCAAAUGAGUGUAAAUGAAAAUCCAAAUCAAACUUUUACUCUUGGUGGUUCUUUAAAGAAGCGCAAUCUUUCAGUGGUAAGGAAUUUAUUUGGUAAUUACUUCAUAACUAUUGUGAUAUUUACUAUACAUGGUAUACAACCUGGUGUAGAUACUAUUAUUUGAGUAGUUUAUAUACCAUAUUGAAAAUUCUUGAUUUUCUAAGAAAAAGGGCAUAAUUUAACUACUGGACUUAAUUCCUAUAAAAUUCCUUCAGGAAGAUUUAUCAAUGGUUAUAGGUAGGACAGUCAACUACCUUGAUAAAUUGCGUUAAGACUGGAUUGUUCAUUUCCUUAAAGCAAAAAUGUACUUGUUGAAGAAAGUUGUAUUGAUUAGUUUAAAGAAUGUUUUGUCUUAACCUGAUAACAAACAUAUUUUGUAUAUAAAUAGGAACUUUUGGAGAUAAAAAAAGUGAAUAUGUAUUAAACACUUGUUGCUUCACCUUCAUCAAAGCGUUUGUUCAGGAUGUAGGUCUUGAUAAUAUCUAAUUUUAGUUUAAGAUACAAAAUGUCUUGAAAGGUGUAUAUCAUAUUUUGUAUUUCUGGUCGUUCGUUUCAUAAAACUCUUCAAAUGUUUUUUUUCCCAUUGACUGGUUUAUGCCAAAAACUUUGAAUAUAUUUUAUCAAAUAUUUGGAUUAUUUAAUUUUUAUUUUGUGAGCUCUUAAUAUGACGACAGCAUGAAAAACAUCUUCGACACUAGAUGAUAGUGUUUACAAACUUUACUUUUUGAGAUUUGUCAAUAUCUUAUUAUCCUUAUUUUACAUACUUUUUACAUGAAUAUUGUUCUUUCAUGGUGUAAAUUUAUUGCACAUCAAAGGGUUUCCUGCCAACUACUUACAACUAAUUAACAUCAAAACAGUGUGACUGAUUUCAAUUCAUUUAUACUAUUUCUACGUUUCUUAUUGAUGGAUAGAACUCGAUCAGUACUAAGGACUCGAUAAACAUGAAUUGGUUACUACUGAUUGGUCAAUCCGUGUAAAAGUAGUCGUUUUUAUCAAAAAUAUCCAUGAAAGUAGUUAAGGUUAUUUUCAGUUUAGUAUAGGUAAACAAUCGCAUUUUUAUCUGAUCAGGGUUCAAGUAAUUCUCACAGAGAUCACUACCUGUUUAUAUUUCUGUAUUUAAUUGGUAAAGUAUUGACUGGCACUUUUUCAUUUGUGUUCGGUUAUUUGAGAAGAAUAAACUGCUUUAAUCUUCAAGCUUGUUGUCCAGUCGUUUUAUGAGUCUUUCGAUUAAUCACAAAAUGAGAUUAUUUUCAAACUGGGUGAUGACGAAGCCUAACAUCACAUAUCUCAGAAGAAUUAUAUAAUCAAAUCAUUCUCUGUGAUAGUUCCAGUCAAUAUUUUGCCAUGUAUUUUUCCCAAAUUAAAUGUUUUUUAAAAGUGACUUCAUGGAAAUUCUGUAUCUGUACUUCUUGUGAUUUGAUCAGCUUUGGACACCGAAUAAGCUGGCGCAAGUGUGUAUCUCUUAGUUGCUAUAUCGCUUCAAUGGGAUUCACAUGAAUAUUGAACACUGACAGUUAAUUACUUUGCUGUAUAUUUGUUUGAAUUAGUGAUCCAAGUUAAUACUGCGUCUUCAUCAUAUCUUCAACAUAUGAGUGGUUUCUCAAAGUAUUUUUUGAAUACUUAUUUUCGUUCUUAUAUGUUAGAAUCAGUCUAACAUUCUAAGGCAAACUAAGCGUAUACGCUAAUUCACUUCGAUUGGUACAGAAAUUUCGAAAAGCAUAGUAUUCUUUCAUUUGAGUCAAUUUUUUAUUAAAAUGUUAGGAAGCGAAACGUGUAUUAGCAUAAAACAAUAUUCAUUAUGAUCAGUGGUCCUCUUAACAAACGCCUAAAAGCGAAACAACAUUCCCAGGAGUUUUUGUCUCACAUAACCUAGUGCUCAUAUUUUUAUUGUUGUUUAGGAAAUUUCCUUUACUGCUUUAGAAUUAAGUACGUUGAUCGAUUCCAUCUAGCAACCAGUUCGUGUAAAUAAUAAAUGAUUCAAACCUGUGAGUGCUUCUAGGAAAGAAAAUGUUAUGAAGUUCCCAAAUUUUAAUUGGCAAGAUAUGGAUAAUUUAUUUGAACAGGUCGAGUUUUUAAUGAACCAAAAUGCCAUCAUAUUCAAAUAAACUGAAUUGCUCAAAAACGGAAUAAAUAUUUUUACAAUGUGUCAUUAUUUUGGAAGAUUUUUGAAGUAAAUAGAUGUAAAUGGAUGUAUGUAUAUUUAUGUAAUCCCGUGUACUGAAAACCGUUUAUAUCAACCAAUAUUGUCAGUACCAUAUAUACAAUUAUAUAAUAUACCCUUGUGGGUCAGGGUAAUUUUACAUUGGUUUUCAGGAGAACCAGACACCAUCCAGACCUUCACGUGACAACCUAAAUAGUACGGCUCAAUCCCGUUUAACAGGAGAGCCAAACACCGCCCAGGCUUAACCCGAGCAGUACAGCUCAAUCCCACUUGCAGGAGAGCCAGACACUACCCAUAUCUACAAUCUGAAUUAAAUAAGCCACCAUAGUUUUCAAAAGCCGAUACUUUAUAGUUUCAUUUUAUUGAUAAAAAUAUUACUUUGCUUUACAAUCACCAAGAACGAGCUAAUAAUAAUUCAAAAACCAAGUUGUUUAUUUAACAGAAUGACAGGUUCAUUUACUACUCUACUGAAGUUAUUGAAAGUAUAGUUUAUAACCAAAAGCAGUUAGUGGUAGUGGCUAGUUUUACCAGUUAUUUCAAGCAAGAGUGUAGUUCGAGUCAUGAGGUCAUAUGGAAUCUAUUAGUAAGCAUCUGUCUGAUCUUGUUCAGUGGUAAUUGUUAUUCUACCCUUAGUUGUUCCACGCAUUAUAUUAGCUUUGGCUCACGUUUAAGUUUUUGUUCCAAUCAUUAUCUUCGUUUCUAUUGUUUGUUUUUCUUUUCUAUAAUGUUGUUCAAUAUAAAAACGAAAAAUAAUAUCUUACUUUUGAAAUUUUUAUAUUAUCGGCUGUUCAAAAUUCAUAAUUUUGACUUUUUAAUUAACAUAGUAUCAAAAUUAAAAUCCUGAUUCAUCUACUUUCGACUUGUAUUAGGACUCACUACAGCAUCACACUGUUUAUGAUCCAGAUGUAUUUGAUCAUUCUUCAGUGUCAAGUACACCUUCAGCUUUACAGGUUCCUGUUAUCGAAAGCAUGAGUUCACAUUUGAGAAAUGAGGGUGAAGAAAAUCGUGAAUAAGAAAACUGUCGGUGAAUUAUAUGGUUUUUUAAUUAUAGAAGUUGAAGUGUUUUCCUGUAACAAUUCGCUUCACUUUUUCCAAAGUCAAGUUAUAUUUGCACUGUCAUUAACCUUUUAUUUUUCUACAAGGUUAACAUAAUUGCUUAUGAUAUAUUUAAAUGCCAAGAUUGUGUACUUUUUAUACAAUGUUCGUUGUAAUAUUGGAUUUUUAAUAUACUGAAUGACUUUACCCCUUGUCACCUGCACAUAUUUUGAUUUAUUUGCUCUCUUUAAAUGCCAAAAUGUUUACUUCGAUACUGUAUUUUUUUCGAGAAUCCCAGAUAGUGUUAGCAUAAAACGUAUUUUGCAAAUGAUAUUUGGUAAAUUAAUAACGAUGUUUACUAUUUCCAAAAAAACAAUGUAUUUCAUUGCUAUCUAAAAAUGUUAGCUUGACCUAAAUUGCUAAUUGUAUUACAACGAAUAUUUUGUAGAAUUUCAUAAGAAAUGUUCUUUAAAGGUGAACAGUUUAUUUGUGUUUUUAUGACAACUUAUUCCAAUAGAUUAUUCACUCAUUGAUAAUAUUUUGGCACAAUACAGUUACAACUUGCUGGUUUGCCAGCUUAUUAGAAGUGUAGCACAUUUUUGUUUCUUUUAACUCGUCUAAACUAAAGUAAUUAGCUUUCAUUGUCAAAUAUUCUGUGCAACAUGGAAGCUUAUUUCUUUGUUCUGAAAUAACGUAAUGGUAAGUGGAUACUGAAAUAAUAUAUGCAUGUAAACAUUUAUAUCUAUUUUGAAUUAGUCAGAAAUGCGGAAUUUCCGUUUGUUAAGGUUCUAUGUCAUCGAUGAUCAAUUUGAAAUAAUCUGCAAAAAAUUUAUGCAUUUGUGAAAGAAUAUGAUUUUAUAGAUAUGAUAACUGACUCUGCGUUGGAUACUAUAAUCCUACUUUCUAUAGUGUUAUUGGUACCCAUUGUUCAAUAAACUUUCUUAGUUGGUGCAUAUAAUGUUGUCCGUACUACUAGGUUUCGUAGUUGUUGCAUGUAUUUUUACUCAUUUAUUCCCUUUUGAAGUGCAUAAUUAACUGUGAGUAUUGUCAAGUUUCUUGUACAUCUAUCUCCAAAUAAAGAUGUUCAUGGGUUGACUUGACUGCAGAUGAAUAACACACUCUUAAACAUCGAUAGACAUAAUAGUAAUACACUUGUUAAUCAGUUUCUUUUAUCUGAAUGAUGGUAAAGAUAAUCUUAAUCACCCAUUGCAAGGUAAGUUACUGUCCGUUUUGUUCUAAUUGUAAGC